GAUUUUUUAAAAACCGACCGACGCUUGUGCUGGACCCCGUACAUUUCCACGUUCCGCCCUGUACGAUCUACGACACCGUGAUGCAGCAGCCAGCGGCCGUUUGGCCUUUUGUCUGAGUCACACAAUUUGACCCUCCGUAUCUUCGGUUCUUCGUACAGCGACGCGUUACCUCGUCGGUAUGCGUCUCGUCAGCGGAAACACGCAGCACAGCUUGAGCUUGACUCGAAAAAUCACAGACGCUGGUUGCUCUGAACAACGGAAGUGGUACCGGAACGCAAGUGCAAGUGCUCUGGUGAUGUGAAAUUGCAGCGUAGCUUCGAUUUCGGUGCUUGAAAAUGUGGAAGUGUGGUGCUAGGUUUAGGUGGUCAAUUCUCCUGUUUAUUCUGUGUCUAACUGUAGCAGACUGCGGUUUCAAACAGACCAGGUCAUAUAGGAACAAUAACAAAUCCAACGGAGGUCCUCCUGAACUCGAGCAGAAGAAAUGGGAGCCCAGCAACUGGAAGACUAUCCUGAUCGUAGUCGCCAGCGUAUUGUUCGCGUUCGCCAUCAUUUACGGAAGCAAUUGUUUUUAUGUUUGUAAACUGUACAUGUGUGGACAAUCCGAAAAGAAAUAUUCCAAGAUGGACUCCUGCACGAACGUUUGACGUGCCUUUGUCUUCUACCUAAUUAAUUUUUGUGAAAAAUUGAUAAUUAUUAGGUUAUUGGUUUUCAUGAUUGGGUGGUUUUUAUGUUUCAAUCACCUGCAAGAAUGUUCUUUCCUUUUACAAUAUGUGUUCAGUAGAUUUAGCCUAAUGAAUACAAAUUAAGCAAAUCAGGGUUAAGCUUGUCAGCAAAGGUAAUUGCUUAACUACAGUCAGGUACAAAAAUGGAAGAGAGAUUAGGCAUUGGGAGAAAUACACACUACUCUAGCAGUGAGACACAAUGACACUAUUGUGGUACUUAACUAUAUAAUUUCAGUGCUAACGGCUUCUAGUUUCUGUAAGGUGCUUUUCAAAAAGGCCGGCAACUUAUUUUUUGAACGGGUCAAGUAAGCGAGCUGUAUUUUGGGUUACUGAAAUUUUGCGUAAAAAGCAGUUGAACGUUCCAAUAUGGCAGCUUGGAAACAUUUUUUUAGAUAAAAUGGUAGGUCGUGUUAUACCUCAUUAAUAAGCUGCUCAUGAGUCCUUUAUAACCCUAGAAUGCAAAACCACUGUCACUAUCAAAAACGGCCGCCCUUCCGGCGUAGAAAGUCGUAUGUAAAUUCCCUCAGUACAAAGAUGAAAGCGGUGUUGCCUCGUAAAAAUUAUACUAUUCCGAUAUGAUCUGGUGUAGUUUGUGUGAACCAAUAAAAAGCAAUAUAUCCAAAAAGAAGCGGCGAAGUAUUGAUGACUAAUUAUUUAUGAAAAAGUUUCUAUGUGGGAAAAUUGUCAAAUUAAUUCAGCCAUUUAUUAAAAUAAUUUGGGCGGUACUUUUUUGAAAAGCACUGCAUAUUUGUCGUUUAGGCAAUUGCUAGAAGCAAAUGCUGUUGUUUCAUGACAUCUUCAAUUUUUUUCUGCAGCACUUCCAUCUGAUGAGAGAAAACAAUUGCUUGAUAUUUAUUAAUUGGGCUUGUGUGACCCAAAUGUUAAACAUGUACUCGCUGUAUCACUGCCAUCUAUCUUCGAAUUUCAUUUAAUUCAAACAAACUGAAUUAAAUUGAGAUUCUCGAUUAAAUAAGUAAAUGGGAACCUACUAUAUUUUAUAUACUAGUAGGUAGAGUGCUAGUGGCACGCAGGAUUAACAGCACGUUUUACAUUUUUAGUAAAACGGAAAAUUGUAAGGAUAUAAACGUAAAAGAAGUUUGCUUUUUCACUGGUAUUACACGCUGAGUUUGGUAACCGAACGUGAACCUGAACAUACGCAUUGUUGAACGAAUAAGUUUGGAUCCAAAUAUCCGAAAUGUUAAAGCAACAUCGAUCUAAGAAAACAGAAAACAGAGAACCGUCUAGAACCUGCGUUGUUCAAGACAAGUAUAAAAAACUUGAUGUUACCACAGAAUAAGUAAACCAGAAGUCUCACUCAGGUAAUUUCCCUAGUGGAAUUUUCACUCUCUACUAUUUUAUGAAUCCAUCAGUGUGUAAUACCAGUGAAGAAUAAACCUGACUUUUUUAUGUUGAAGCAAUAUUUGCUCUUUUUAGAUGUGUGAUAUUUUUAUACACGUAAGCUUAGAAUUUAUGCUAAAAGUUGGAUGGUGUCCGAACCGAGAUAUUUAAAAUGGCGCUUUCCUUCGAAUCACAUCACUAAUUUCCGCCUGCAAAAUUGUACCUACGGGUGAAGGAAAAGGCGAUUUUAGCAAUACAUUUAUUAAUAUACAAUUAUACAGAAUUUGCUGAUAUACGGCCUUGUUGCAAACAAAAAAUUACAGUGCUAUUUCUUGAGGUGUGUAUGUAAUUUCAGAACAAUAAGUGACGCCGAAAAUGACGUGAUUAUAUUAUAACUACACAGCAAUAUUGAAAACACCUAUUUGAAGUUAAUAAAUUGGACACCUGUAGUCAUAUCAAACAUAAUAUAGCAAUAUUAGCAGUUGUGAUGGAGUAGCUAUCAUUAUAGGUUAUAGGUAUAUAUAUAUAUAAGGUGAAAAAUUAAAGCUUCCGCCUUUUGUUGGGUACUUCGACAAAAUUUAAGCAAAGAGGACUCUUUAUACUUUUUUUAAUUCUCUCUAGCUUUCAAUGGAC